AUGUCAGGGUUCGAUCCAGAAGGGCCAAUAGGCCAACAGUUGAAGGCUUCAUUAGUUGUUGAAUUAUCAAAUAAAUUUAAUAUUGCUGAUGAUGCUGAAGAUGUAUCAGAAUUCAUACUAGUCUUAAUUGGAAGUAACAAGACGGCGUCAGAAAUAUCCGCCGAAGUUAGAGAACUUGUAGACAUCCCUAUAGAUGAGGCAUUUGUUAACACUAUUUUUGCAGAAAUUCAGAGAUUGAUGACCCAGGGACAAGGUGUGCAACAACAGCCAGUGCCAGAACAGGCGCAACAACCACCACAACAACAAGAUCCACAAAUGCAAACACAACAACCAGUUGAGCAACCAGUGCAACAGUCACAGGAAGUUAGUCAACUUGAACAUUCAAUGGAAGAUGCGCUGGCCCAACCACAACAGCACGAUAUGCCAAUGAAUUUACCUACUGGUCCUAAGGGACUUCAGAAUCGUAAUCAACAUCCUAAUAAUAACAGACACAACACUCGUGGUGGUAUCAGCAAAAACUCCAAUAAUAGAAAUGGUCCUAAGAAAUCAUUUGCGAUGCAGAAUCCUGGUAAUUUCGAAAAGGUUUUAGCGAUGAGUAAUUCAAAUGUUACAAACUUGAAACAAUUUAUCCAAAAACCAGCAAAAGGUCGUUGCAGAGAUUUUCCAUACUGUAAUAAUAAAGAGUGCCAGUUUUCACAUCCUACAAAGUUAUGUUUCGCAUUUCCAAAUUGUUCUAAUGCACCUGGAACUUGUAACUAUUUACAUCCGGGCGAAGAUGAUGAAUUAAUGGCAAAAUUGGCCAAAUCAAAGCAAGAAUACAUGGAAAAGAAGAAGAAUACUGAAAGUGCAGGUACAAUUGGUAUUUGUAAGUUCGGUAUGCUUUGUUCGAAAGAUAUUUGUCCAUUCGGUCAUCCAACUCCAGCAAACAAAGAAGCUAAAGUCUUGGUUUUGCAAUGGUGCCCAGAAGGAAAAAUGUGUCAAGAUGUUAAUUGUACAAAGGCUCACCCAUCUCCAAAUUACCAAGCUCCACCAAUUGAAAUGAAGCCAAAGCCAAAGCCUGCUCAACCUGAAUUAAUUUUGGAACAAUGUAAAUUCGGUCCAUCUUGUACCAAUUUAAAGUGUCCAAGAAGACAUGCUACUACACCAGUUGUGUGCCGCGAAGGAGCUAACUGUGUUAGGAUUGAUUGUUUCUUUUCUCAUCCAAUUGAUGAAGAUUGCAGAUUUGGAAUUAAUUGUACUAACAAGACGUGUAUGUUCAGACACCCAGAAGGUAGAAACCUUCCGAAUCCAUCAAAUACCUGGUCGAAGGAUUCAGAGAAUGCUACAAACCAAAGAGCUUUUGCCGUUCCAGAAGAUCAAGUAAUGGAACAGGCUACCCAAGAAAGCUAA